ACACUGGCUUUAUAAAACGGCAAGCGGCGACCAGUUUUCAUGUCAUUACAGUUUGAGUUCUUGUGCUGUGUGGAUACUCCUCCCGACACAAAACCGUUAAAAGCAGCCAGCUUAAGUCGUCUAAACGAAAGACACACAAACCGAAAGACUUAAUUUAUAUUUAUUUAAUUACUUUUAAACAAAACAGACCAAAUCUUACAAAAUGUGUGACGAAGAAGUUGCUGCAUUGGUUGUCGACAAUGGCUCCGGCAUGUGCAAGGCUGGCUUUGCCGGUGAUGAUGCGCCCCGCGCCGUCUUCCCAUCGAUUGUGGGCCGUCCGCGUCAUCAGGGUGUGAUGGUUGGCAUGGGCCAAAAGGAUUCGUACGUCGGUGAUGAGGCACAGAGCAAACGUGGCAUCCUCACUCUGAAGUAUCCCAUUGAGCACGGCAUUGUGACCAACUGGGAUGAUAUGGAAAAGAUCUGGCAUCACACCUUCUACAAUGAGUUGCGUGUGGCGCCCGAAGAGCACCCCGUUCUGCUCACCGAAGCACCCCUGAACCCCAAGGCCAAUCGCGAGAAGAUGACACAGAUCAUGUUCGAGACUUUCAACACACCCGCCAUGUAUGUGGCCAUUCAGGCUGUGCUGUCGCUGUAUGCCUCUGGUCGUACCACUGGUAUUGUGCUCGACUCUGGCGAUGGUGUCUCCCAUACGGUGCCCAUCUAUGAGGGAUAUGCCCUGCCCCAUGCCAUUCUGCGUCUGGAUUUGGCCGGUCGCGAUUUAACCGAUUAUCUGAUGAAGAUUCUGACGGAGCGUGGCUAUUCGUUCACCACAACUGCUGAGCGUGAAAUUGUCCGUGACAUCAAGGAGAAAUUGUGCUAUGUUGCACUCGAUUUCGAGCAGGAGAUGGCCACGGCUGCAUCGAGCUCCUCUCUGGAGAAAUCGUAUGAGUUGCCCGAUGGUCAGGUCAUCACCAUUGGCAAUGAGCGUUUCCGUUGCCCCGAGGCCCUGUUCCAGCCCUCGUUCCUGGGCAUGGAGGCGUGCGGCAUUCAUGAGACCACAUACAACUCGAUCAUGAAGUGCGAUGUGGAUAUCCGUAAGGAUCUGUAUGCCAACACAGUGCUGUCCGGUGGCACCACCAUGUACCCUGGUAUUGCUGAUCGCAUGCAGAAGGAGAUCACCGCCUUGGCCCCAUCGACCAUGAAGAUCAAGAUCAUUGCACCACCCGAGCGUAAAUACUCUGUAUGGAUCGGUGGCUCCAUUCUGGCAUCCCUCUCCACCUUCCAGCAGAUGUGGAUCUCCAAGCAGGAGUACGAUGAGUCUGGACCAUCCAUUGUUCACCGCAAGUGCUUCUAAGCAGGAGUUGCAUGGAAUGUGGGGAGUGGCAUGGAGUGGAGUGAAGUGGAGUGGCAACAACAACAUCAACAAUCAACAAGUGGAAGCAGAAGAAACAGAUGCAAAAGAAGAGAAGAGCGAGCAGAUCACACACACAUACACACACACAAUCAUCAUAUAAAGAAAAAAAAAAACAAAAGACAACACGUCGUCGUCAUAUGUUGUGUUCUCUAGCAUUAAUUUAAUUUAUUUCACAUGGAGAUAUAUACAUAUAUAUAUAUAUAUAUGUAUGAUUUAUAAACAUGCAUAAUUAUUUUUUUUUUUUUUUGUUUUUUAUAUACCUUUUUAAUAAUAUAACAUGAAAAUAAUUUGAGACAAGAACAUCUAUCUAUAUUAUAUAUAUACCUAUAUAUUCUCUUUCUGCCAUUCCACUUAAAAAAUCUAUUACACACACACAUACCAACAACAUGAUGAAAAUAUUCCAAAAAAAAACAGCAAAAAUGAAAAGCAAGCAAAAGACAACAACAACAACACAAAAAUAUGCAGAACAACAACAGCUGCGAGUUUUGUAAAAUUUCAACCUUAUGUAUUAUUUUUUAAUUAUGAUGUAAUUAUAAACAAAGUGAAACAAAAAUAUGAUGGAAAAAAAACUUAAGCAACUCUGUUUUCUGUUACCCUCUCUCUCUCUCUCUUUCUUUUUGCUGUUAACUGCCACCAGCCACCCCCUUUACUGCGCUCUCUCCUCCACCAUCCACCCUCCCGCUCACUCUGCGACUUUGCCUAACUUUACGCUCAUUUAUCUCGCUCUAACAUUUUGCCGGCCGGCAAAUGCAAUAACACACACACACUGCACGUGUGUUUAGUUAGAGAGAGAGAAGGUAAAUGAGUAAGAGAGUUGAGGAAAGGAAAGAACGACAACAGCAUCAGCAUCAAAAACAUCAUCAUCAUCAUCAACUGCGCUCUCUUUUAAAACUUAAGUUGAACAUUUUUGUAUUGCGUAUUUAGUAUUUCUCUUCUAUUUUUUUUUUUUUGUAUUUGUACACUUUUCUAAUUGCAUGCGUAUUGAAUUGACGAUAAGUUUACGCCUGAAAAUGUUAAUUAAAAUGUGAAAUGCAAACAAGUA